UGGCGUUAACAGACAGCAAGAUUUUCUGGACACAUAACCUAUACGCGGGCAAACGUGUUUUGUCGGGUGUGAUUUGAUGGCCUAUACAGUGUGUCAAUCUAGACUCUAGUGGAAGCGUUAAUCUACAAAGUGGUCCAUAUCUCUGACAUUUUAUUGAUCGGAAGUCGACAAAUACUGGUGGACAUUUGACUCGAAAUCGAUGAGUGGUGAUAAAAAUCCCUACUUUACAAGGACAAAAAGCUUAUCGGUAUAAUUGGUAAUUGGAAUUUAUAGCAGAAUCGGAUCGAUAUGAGUCACGUGUUGUUUUAAAUGAAAAAGUCUCUAAAACUGACUGGGGGAAGCAACAACAACGACAACGGACUGUCUGUAACCAUCGACCUCGGCAGGGAACGCUGGGUACAAAAUGUAACAAAUGACACCAAGCAAGGCUAACAAUAUGACAGCAUUAGACAAAACAUUCCGUGAAUUAGAGAACUUGAAACCAGAUUUCUCAUCCGAUGAAAAAAAGAAAGAAGGUGGGGAAUUACCUUUUGGAACGUACCCUUGGCGGGGGUUCUUUCGGCAAAGUCCGGCUGGCCUCGCAUAUAUUCGCCAAGGAGAAGGUUGCUGUGAAAGUGAUAACAAAGAAAGCCAUCUCACUUCGGGACUAUUUACGGAAGAACCUCCGCCGCGAAGCGCUGAUGCUGCAGAAGUUAUGUCAUCCGAACAUCAUUCACCUCUACGAGGUCAUGGAGACGGAGAAUGGCUACUACAUGGUGCUAGAACUGGCGGCGGGUGGGGAGUUUGUGAAGUAUUUGUCGGAGAGAAAACGUCUAAGUGAAGUUGAAACCCGAAAGUUCAUGCGUCAGCUUGUGUCGGCUGUGGAUCACAUCCACCAGUCAGGGAUCGUCCACAGGGAUAUCAAAGUGGACAACCUGCUCCUAGAUGGCCAAAUGAACGUUAAGGUUAUCGAUUUUGGACUGGGGAACUUCUGUGAGGGUGACCAGACUCUGACAACGCAGUGUGGUUCCCCAGCAUUCACUGCGCCGGAAGUGUUCAGUAAACGGAAGUAUGGACCGCCAGUCGACAUUUGGAGUUUAGGAGUGAACAUGUUCGUCAUGCUGACAGGGCGGAUCCCUUUUGAGACCACACAGCCAUACAACUUGACAAGACUCUACGCCGCUAUGUUAAGAGGGUGUUCUGUGCCAGACACUUUAUCUUCAGGUUGUCAAGAGUUGAUUCAGCGUAUGUUAGACCCUCGGGACACUACACGAAUUACUGUGGGGGAGAUUGUGACGAACCCUUGGCUAACAGAGGGGUACACCGAACCCGUCCAGAGGGUAGGGGCAGUACAAGGCUGCGGGCGUCGAACAGUCUCCGAGGAUGUGGUUGAGUACAUAUCGAGGAUAAUGAAAACCCCAGAGAAGGAGCUGCGGCGGGCCAUCCAAAACCGGAAACCAAACUCCUUCGCGGCCAUGCAUGACUUGUUAGUUGGCAGGUUGGAAAAAGGCUUGGGUUUCCCCGGUGACGGUGGUCGAAGUACGGAUGUGGAGUCCCCAGGUUCAGGUAACGAAGGUCACGGAGGUCAUGAAAGCAAUGGCAUGGGAAUUCCCGAACCACGAAAACCCUCUCCGGUCCAUGAAGAUAUAAACCACGUCGUUGCCUUGGCUUCUCAAGAUUACAACAAUACUUCAUUCACAAAUACGUUCCAACAAAAUCAAACUGUCAGUGGAAUCGGGUGUGCUAUUCUCAAUGGUGGGGACAGAAAAUGA